UGUAAUUAAGUAAUUGCAAAACACACAUUAAACUGACAAUAAAAGCAUAUCAACCAGAAUCCCAUACAGAACUAUGUAUUUAAACGUCCCUCGGAUGAUUGACGGGCACAGUAAAGUUUUCCACCCACUUUUCAGCCAAUCAGGGCGAAGAGGUGGGCCUUCUCGCUAAUCUGUACAAAAUGGCGACUGUUUUUGUUUUGCCGCAGGGUCAGUGAAUAAAACCGCUUUCCAUCGCAGUCAUUUUCUGCACUAAUUUGCAGAAAAUAGCAUUAAAACGGGCACCCGGAGGGCCACCCGCGUUGGACAGAAAUGAAAGGUAAAGAGCGGUCGCCGAUUAAAAAACGCUCCCGGGCCCUGGACGAUAUUCGAGACAGGGGAGGAUGCCACCCGACCAGCAAGAAAAUGGGUGCUCUGUCCGUGUCCAGUGGGAGCAAUAACGGAAACAGCUCCACCAAAAGCGACGGCGGCUCAACGAGAAGGAGUCUGCUCGCCGAGAAAAGAGAGCGGGACUUCGACGGCCACAGCCGGACUGGAAACAACCACAGCUGUCCGCCCGCCGCGGCGAGCUCCGUCGCCAAGAACCACAGCCUGAGCCUGACGCUGGAUCUGGCCUCGCCGAGGACCGCGUCGCGCGCGGAGCAGCGCGUUCCGCUGGCCGGCGCCGAGAGUGAGUACAAAACCCUGAAAAUAAGCGACCUCGGCACGCAGCUGAGCGACGAGGACAUAGAGGACGGACUCUUUCACGAGUUCAAGAAAUUCGGCGACGUGAGCGUCAAGAUAAGCCGUAGCAACGACGAGCGCAUAGCGUUCGUGAACUUCAGGAAGCCGGAGGACGCCAGAGCCGCGAAGCACGCGCGGGGCCGCCUCGUGCUCUACGACCGGCCGCUCAAAAUAGAGGCGGUGUACAUCAACAGGCGGAGAAGCCGCUCUCCCGUGGAGAGGGACGUGUACGCCGCGGCGCAGAGCCACAGGCACCUGCCGAGAGCCCUGUCGCCCACCGGGCUGGGCUACCGGGACUAUCGGCUCCAGCAGCUGGCCCUGGGCAGGCUGCCCCCUCCGCCGCCGCCCCCCCUGCCCCGAGAACUGGAGCGGGACCGGGAGUUCGCCCUGUUCGAAGCCAGGGCUCGUCCGGCUUUUAUCGCAGAGCGAGCGCCUUUUCGCGAGGAGGACUUUAUUUCCCCGGAGGACGACCAAAGAGCCAACCGGACGUUGUUCCUGGGCAACCUGGACAUAACCGUCACAGAGGCGGACCUGAGGAGAGCCUUUGACAGGUUUGGGGUCAUAACAGAGGUGGACAUCAAGAGACCCACGCGGGGACAAACGAGCACAUAUGGAUUUGUUAAGUUUGAGAACCUCGACAUGGCUCACAGAGCUAAACUUAGUAUGUCUGGGAAAAUUGUGGGCCGCAACCCCAUAAAGAUAGGUUAUGGAAAAGCAACGCCGACCACACGACUGUGGGUUGGUGGACUUGGACCAUGGGUUCCUUUAGCUGCACUUGCAAGAGAGUUUGACCGGUUUGGAACUAUAAGGACCAUUGACUAUAGAAAAGGAGACACCUGGGCCUACAUACAGUAUGAAAGCUUGGACGCUGCACAGGCAGCUUGCACACACAUGAGAGGCUUCCCGCUGGGAGGCCCAGAAAGAAGACUUAGAGUGGACUUCGCUGACACUGAACACCGCUACCAGCAGCAGUUUCUGCAGCCUCUCCCAUUGCCACCUUUUGAUAUAAUGGCAGAAUCAUUUGUCCACCGGGCCACACCUGAACCGCUGAGGGUCAGGGAACGGACUCCACCGCCGCUUCAUUUCAGGGAGAGAGAUCUCUUCCCUGGAACAGAGUGGGCCAACCCAGCUAUUCGGGAGCGGGUACGGGCCUCGCCCUUCGAGCCCCUGGAGCACUUGGACCGUGAGCGACGCACGCGGGAGCCCUGGUCCUUGGAACGAGAACUUCAGGGACGCGAACCUGUGCGCAAGCGGCGCCUGAUGGAGGACGGGCGUCACGUAGAGCACUCUCCGGACAGCACGGAGAGGACAGUGCGGCGCAGACGUGCGUCUCCGGAUGCCAGUCCCGGCGGCAGCAGCAGAGAAGGAGGCUGUUUCAGUGACUCAGAGCGGCCCGUCAGGGGGGAGAGAGCCUCCCCGACGCGCCACAGCAGCCUGGAAAGGACUGGGCCCGAGCGGAGACUCAAAGGCCAGAGUGUCUCUGACAAGGGUCUUUCAAGCAGCAGUGUUUCAAUAGUCGGUGAACGUAAGCGCAAAGCAGGUGAUGGCGGUAAAGGGCCAGCUAAAAGAGAACGUUCAGAGGGCAACUCUAAAGGAGGCCAGCUGUCCAAACUGGACGGCGCCAAGCUCGGUUUAGCCUGGCACGGCAUGCUGCUGCUUAAGAACAGUAACUUUCCAGCAAACAUGCACUUGUUGGAGGGGGACCACAGCGUUGCUGGUGACCUGCUCGUUGACGGCUCGACGGGGAGGCAGGUGAGCAAACUAAAGAUCACCCAGCGCCUCCGUCUGGACCAGCCCAAGCUCGACGAGGUGUCCCGCCGCAUCAAGGUGGCCGGUCCUGGCGGCUACGCCAUCCUGCUAGCAGUUCCUGGAACCACAGAGGAUGGGUCUUCGUCCGACCCCGCAGCCUCAACUCAGCGGCCGCUUCGUAACCUGGUGUCCUACCUCAACCAAAAACAAGCAGCUGGAGUCAUCAGCCUGCCUGUGGGAGGGAGCCGAGAUAAAGACAACACGGGGGUUCUUCAUGCUUUCCCUCCCUGUGAUUUCUCCCAGCAGUUCCUUGAUUCCUCAGCCAAAUCUUUGGCUAAAAGUGAAGAGGACUACCUGGUCAUGAUUGUGGUUCGUGGAGCAUCUUAAAAAAAAAAAAAAAAAAAUCAGAACACACUAAGUUCAAGUCAUGUUACAAAAAAAAGAAACACCUGCUGUAUGUCAGUAACUAUUGCAUGCUGUGUGUUCUGCAUUAUGGGUACACUAGUAUGGUUCCUGAGUGUUUUUAUGUUACCAUGUAAUCCGCAAAAAGGACAAACAGUGUCCUUCUAUAAAACUUAAAGGGCGUGUGUAUUUGAAGUGAUUUUUCAAGGGUGUAUGAAUAAUGCUAAAUCAUAAACCUACAGUGGCAUUUGAGGAAUACAUUUGUUAUAUGAAAAAAAGUAAUAUAGAGUAUGACUGAGUCAUUUACAGGGUUAAAAUGUAGAUGUCCAGAGCGACCACAUGGGGAAAAUAGAAAUUAAAGAGGUGACACAAUAACCCCCCCACUACAGUACAAUCUUAAACAAUUGCUUCACAAACCCUUACCACCCAGAGACAAGUCCUCCCUCACAGUAUUGGCAAAACCUGAAAAUCAAAGCAGCUAAACAAAGAUCACGUUAGUUCCCAGGUUGUUGUGUCGUAUUGACCCAGACUGUACUGGCAGCGUUAUUGUGUCUCUUUCAUACAUGUGUCCUGACAUGAAGGAAUCAGAGCAUAGCAUUUUCAAAGCUUUGAAUUACAGUGCAAUAAUAUUUAUAGUGUGACAUUUUUGAUGGGUUGAUGCAAAGGUGAGUGCGUCCUUCAAUGAAUUCAGUAAAGUUGCAGUGGCUUAUUUAGGACUGCAGUUCCAAAGCUAAUCUCGCAAGUCCUGUUCACUAUUCUCCACUACUACUCAUUUCCGGCGAUCUUGCUUUCACGAGGUAUCCACCAUAACGACUGCAGGAGAGCUGAUUUUGGGUUGCACUGAACAUCACACUGGUCUCAAUGUGUGUGUUCACAAGGUUGGCAAAAAUAUACCAGAUCAAAUGUUUCUAUAUUACCGCUCAGAUAUUUCAGUUAUUGUUGUCGUCGAGUGUUUAAAUAAUUACGUUCAGGUUAUUGGAAUGGAUUUGGGCGUAUUUUCACCAUGUUCCUCAGUACUGGAGCACUUCAUUGCAACACAGACAGUGACAUGUGUGUGUCCAGUCCAUGAGUAAAACUAAAUUCGCGUUGUCAGCUUUACGUGGAAUGCUGAAUACUAACAAAUUUAAGACCUUUUGCCCAGGGAUCAGCCCAUAACUCAAUACACAUAGCAUAGCAAAGCAUAUACUAACAUGCUUUUAAUAUUUUUUUACUUCAUAUUUUAUUUUGUGCAUCCCUACUUUAGGAAUGGUGUAAUGUUAAUUAUGAAAAACUACAUUAUUAAUGUAGUGAAACUUAGAGGAUUUUGUGUUGACAUUGGACGGUCUAUUUCAUUUCCUUUGGUCUUAUAAGAAUAGUACGGCUAUUCAGUUUCAGUACAUUGUUUGGUCAAAGUAACAAACAUGAUGAUGUGAAGUAAGUAGGUCUGUGUAAGUUUAGGCUUUUAGCACUACCCUAACAGUUAAUGUUUGAAUUUCAAUAUUAGAGCUCUAAAUCUGCCACAUUUUUACUUCUUUCUGCCAACAUGUUCCCAAGGCCUACUUACACGUUUUUAUUUUGCCAUUGUAUGUUUGUCACAGAGUAGAAAUCCAUCCCAAAUUAUGGCUUGUUGAGUUUGGUUGACUAUGUUUUGAAAAUGUUCAUGUGUUUGAAAAUGUGUUGUGUGUCAACAUCACAAUACUGCGACGUUGGACUCCAGCGUGGACGAGUGCAGAGCGACAAGCCUCUGCAGAGAAGGCAACUUAGUGUUUGUGAGUCCUCCCUGACGAGGCUGUUAAGUUGUGUAGUCCACCUGCACCUGUGCUGACUUCUGUUUUAAAUGGAAAAUUGAGCAAUGUACACGUUGAUGUCAUGGGAAAGGAUAAUCCAUAGAGCUCAUCCGAGGCUGUUCACAUACCAGAGAGUGCAUUUGAGCACUUAAUGUGACCGAUUAUCAAUAAAUUGUUCAUUUGAAGGGAAA